AUGCUAGCCCCGUAUAGUUUCCUUAGAAGUAUGAUUUCAGGAUCCAAGAACUGCACUGUUAAUUGUUCAACUCCUCAGGAGGCUGAGCAAAAACAAGCCAGUCUGUCGGAAACCGAUAAGACAAACACGCCGGAUUCAGUGGAAAAGGAGCCACUGGAGCACGGCUAUGGGGAGCCACUUCAUCACUUCGACAAACAACCAAACGUCGUCGAAGAGGGACACCAGGUUAGUGAGAUGUUUUGGCUCCCAAAGUGCAGCAGUCAAUUGCGACGGGCUCCAUCACAUUCUUCACAUUCUUCAUUCAUUCAUCUUCAUUUUGAUUAUCUUCUGCUUCAUCUCUCUUCCUCUUUUUAUUCCUAA